CCGCAGAUCGACACAGCUACCAUAGCGCAUACCGAAGCAGGGCCAAGAAUAAUAUCUCCGGUUCUUGAUUGGCAAAGCGUAGCAAUGGCGAAGCGUCUGGAUGUCGCGCUCCGCCUGCUGCUGCUGGUGGUGGUGGUGCUCGCAUCCUGCGACGGGAGGGAGCUGAAAGGGAAUGGCGGCGUCGACGAGGUGAAGGAUCUGGUGCCCGGGUUGCCGGUGCCGCUGCCGCCUCUGGUACCACUACCCAAACUGCCGCUGCCGCCCGUGGUCCCUGGGAACCCUCCCGCUGCUCGCGGCUCUGCCGACAGCAACAAGUCUCCAUGAUCAUGCACCUGCAGCUGAUCAACUUGUCGUCUUAGACUUCUACUAGUAGCAAGCUAGCUAGCACCGGCCGGAGGCAGAACGUCGGUCCGCGUUCCGCUCACGUCCGUGUGCAUGCCUUGAUCUGUAGCAACUAUAUGUCCGCCAUGUUCCCUUUUCAUGUUCCUACUCUGUCAUCUAUGUAAACCUUGUCAAUGUGCCUUUAUGAAUAACAUAUGAAUAAUGUACGUCAACGAUGAAGCA